GCUAAAUUCAUUACACAUAGUCACAAGACCUCUCAGCUGAGGUUUUCUUUGCCUAAUUUUCGAUUUUCCUAAAUAAUUUCUCCUUAGAAUAUACUAGUCGAUUAUACAAGUGUAAUUAAAAUUUGUGGCCAAAAUGGCUAACAUUAGUGAUGAAAAUGUUAGCAAACUUAUUCCUACGCUUGGUGACGAUAAAAUCGAUAUGAUAGCUGCCACCAGCGUUUUGCAAAUCAGAGCGAGUGAAAUCCGCCAAUCUCAAAUAAACUGGCAGUCUUACCUCCAGUCCCAAAUGAUCACGCAACGUGACCAUGACUUCAUCGUCAACCUAGACCAGCGAGGUCAGAAAGACUUGCCAGAUAAAAACCCUGAGGGUUGUGCUGAUGUGUUUCUGAACCUUCUCACCCAUAUCAGCAAGGAUCAUACAAUCCAGUACAUCCUUGUUUUGAUUGAUGAUAUUCUCUCUGAAGACAAGUCCAGAGUUAAAAUUUUCCGUGAAACAAGACACUCAUCGGGUAACAUCUGGCAACCAUUUCUGAACCUGCUAAAUCGCCAGGAUGAGUUUGUGCAGCACAUGACUGCCCGCAUCAUCGCCAAGCUGGCAUGCUGGCAUCCUCAGCUUAUGGAAAAGAGUGACCUACAUUUCUACCUUUCCUGGCUCAAGGACCAACUUAAAAUGAAUGCGGAGAAAAUGUCUGCCGACUUAGAGCAUGCUGAGCAGGUUAUGUUGGAACAUGAGAAACAGAAUUUCUCUGAUAAGCCACACAAACAUCACAAGGAGAAGGAAGAAAAGAAACCUGAUGCCGCUCAGGAGAAAUACUCGAGCCUUUACAGUGCUUUUGAUGAACUGAAACCGGAGGAAUUACCACCAAGCCUGUAUAAGAACAAUGACUACAUCCAGUCUGUGGCUCGUUGUCUGCAAAUGAUGCUGCGUAUCGACGAGUAUCGCUUCGCAUUCCUUUCCGUUGACGGAAUUUCCACUCUUCUUUCGAUUCUUGCUUCCAGAGUCAACUUCCAAGUGCAAUAUCAACUAGUGUUUUGUUUGUGGGUGUUGACUUUCAACCCACUACUUGCGGAGAAGAUGAACAAGUUCAAUGCCAUCCCCAUACUGGCUGAUAUUCUGAGCGACUCUGUUAAGGAGAAGGUCACCCGUAUUGUACUUGCUGUUUUUAGGAACUUGAUUGAGAAGCCUGAAGAUCAACAGGUGGCGAAAGAGCACUGCAUCGCCAUGGUUCAGUGCAAAGUCUUGAAGCAACUGUCCAUACUUGAACAGAAGCGCUCCGACGACGAGGACAUUAUGAAUGACGUAGAGUUCCUAAAUGAACGUUUGCAGGCCUCUGUACAGGACUUGAGCUCCUUCGAUCAGUAUGCUACCGAAGUUAAGAGUGGACGCCUGGAAUGGUCGCCAGUGCAUAAAUCGGCUAAGUUUUGGCGCGAGAACGCAGCGAGGCUUAACGAGCGCGGACAGGAGUUGCUCCGCACACUGGUCCAUUUACUUGAGAAGAGCCGCGAUCCUGUGGUGCUCGCCGUUGCUUGCUACGACGUUGGAGAGUAUGUGCGACAUUAUCCACGUGGAAAACACAUCAUUGAACAACUGGGUGGCAAGCAGCGUGUAAUGCAUCUCUUGAGCCAUGACGACCCCAAUGUGCGAUACGAGGCACUCCUAGCCGUCCAGAAACUUAUGGUCCACAACUGGGAAUACCUCGGCAAACAACUUGAAAAGGAGCAAAUUGACAAACAGGCUGGUACUGUCGUCGGAGCUAAGGCUUAAUUAAUUAAAAUAUUACUAUACAUAUAUGAAUGGAAUAUGUAAUAUGUUGUUAUUGUUGCAUAGGAUACAAUAGGCUCUUGCUGUUACGAAAAUAUUUAUAAUUAAAAUGUUUAUCAUAUGCUUAAAAUUACAUGCGUGUGUACAUAGUGAGUUGCCAUUUAGUCGAUGUUAUCAUGGAUCCUAUAUUAUCACGAAAUAGAUUUAUGAAUAAAAUAGUUAUAACUAUACAUUUAUCUGCUCUUAUUCAAUUGACAGUAUUUAUUAUUUGUUUCGCAUUUUUAAUUGGUAUCAUACCUGAACUAUAGUGUUAUUUUAACAGGUAAAAAUGUUAGAAACUUAUUGGAUUACUUUAUAUCAAAAUACGCCAUUAAUAUUGUAAAUAAAAAUAUUUAAAAAUCUAUUUAUGUUAAUCAACUUUAUAAAGUCUAAAAAUAUAAAUAUAUUUCGAAAUCAAUUCUAACACAAAUAUUCAGUGUUAUUAACCACAUUCCUCCAAGAUUUUUUGUUGUUCCAAGCUUAAUAAUUAUUAAGUUUAUUAAAAUAAUCUAUAGGUAUGUAACACCUACUAAAGUAGUAGUUUAGCUGCAAUGAUUUCUGAAUAAACUGAUUACAUCAGUAUUGUGAAUAAAGUUAAUAUGAUUAUAAA